CCCACCCACUCACUCACUCUCUAAACUAAACCCUCAAAAAACCCUAAUUUUUUUUUAUCCCCUUUUCACCCUUCUUCCACAAUGCGUCCCCCUAGAGGCGGCGGUUUCGGUAGUCGCGGCCGUAGCGGCGGCGGCUUUAGAGGUGGACGCGAUGGCGGCGGCCGAUUCGGUGGUGGUCGUUCUGGCGGUCGCUCUGGUGGCCGUUUUAGUAGCGGCGGCGGUUAUAACGAUGGUCCACCGGACCAAGUUGUAGAGGUUUCAUCAUUUGUUCAUGCUGCUGAGGGAGAUGCAGUAACAAAGCUAACUAAUGAAAAAAUACCUUACUUUAAUGCUCCAAUUUACCUCCAAAACAAAACUAUGAUUGGCAAAGUGGAUGAAAUCUUUGGUCCUAUUAAUGAAUCUUUCUUUUCGGUGAAAAUGAAUGAAGGUAUCAUUGCUACUUCGUAUGCGGCUGGUGAUAAGUUUUAUAUUGACCCGAUGAAGCUUUUGCCGCUAUCGAGAUUUCUCCCACAGCCAAAGGGAGCUGCUGGUGCACGUGGUGGUGGGCGUGGAGCUGUACGUGGACGAGGACCUGGACGUGGCACCUCCUUUCGUGGUAGAGGUGCUCCAAGAGGAGGUAGCUUUCGUGGUGGUCGGGGUCGUGGCACUGGAUCCAGCAGGGGACGAGGGAGAUUUUAGAUACUAUGUGUAUGUUUUAUCUAUUGUGCGUUUAGUAGCAUUUGAUUCAACUUCUCCCUUUAGUUGCUGUUAUGACAUUUAAAAUUUUAGUUGCCAAAUGACAUUUGAUUUUGAACAAAA